UUACUGACAUAGAAACAAAAUGGUGGCAGUUCACAGUUUGUAGGCAAAUUAUUCCUUCAAACUCAUUAAAUAACCAACACCAUGGCAAGUAACAGAUCCGUACGGCGUGCCCAGGAACCCGUUACCUACACGUGUGCUUUGUGUGACAGUGGGGACGAGGUACGAUGGUAUUGCAACGACUGUCAGGAGAAUUUAUGUGACCGGUGUAAGGAUUUCCAUAUACGCGCAAAGAAAACUAAAAACGAUGACGUCGUACCGAUAGGGGAUGCUAACCGUCAGGGCGACAAGCCUGUACCAGAGGUAUGUAAACUACAUUCCGGUAAACUGUGCGAUCUCUUCUGUUCGGACUGCAAUGAAUUGCUUUGUGGGAUAUGUUUAUCUAAAACUCACAAAAACCACAACUGGGAGCCUUUCGAAGAUGAAUUUUCUUCUAAAAGGCAACAUUUGAAAGAGCAUAUGACAGCAAUUUCUGCUAAAAUAGAACAUUUCAAGAACGAGACAUCAGAGCGACAUCAUGAUAACGACGGUUUCAAUGAUAACAUUGAUACAGUGAGGAAAGAGGUGAACUCUAAAAGGACAAAGUUAAAGGCAGAAGUAGAUUCUAUCGCUGAUGCGAUACUCGCUGAAUUAUCGGCUUUAGAAAAAGAAGAAUCAGCUAUGUACAAGAAAGAUUGUCAGCGAUCAGAGAAAAAAGUCGAAGAACUGACGCGUCUGCUUAACGAAGCGGAAAUGACAGAUACAUCUAGCGUAUCCUUGUUUGAAACAGAAAGGUCAUUGAGGACAAAGCUGCCCCUGUAUGACGUUAAUGUCAGAUAUGUUUCACCAAAACAACCAAGGUUUGUUACCGAAAGUAUCGACCGUGUCAUGUUGACGAAAACGUUUGGUAAAUUACACCACGUUAUCCAGUACGAGAAGAUAGACAUCGACAGUAAACACGUUCAGCGUCUCUCUAAGUUUACUGUUAUUCAACAUAAUCUAAUAUUCGGUAUAUGUCCAGUCGACGACAGUCACGCGUGGUUAGCAAUAAAACAAUACCAGGGUCUGGUGCUGGUUAACAAGGAGGGUGUGGUCACAGAGACAGUAAAACUGAACUUCUGUCCGUUCAGAAUCACCAUGGUCGGGGCAACAGACAUACUUCUGACCAGUUAUCAAGAUAGUACAUUUGUAUAUAAACUAUCACUACACAAAAAACAAGUGACAACAUUUGCUGACAUCAGACGACAUACGGCAUGUGACGUCAGUAUCAACGAGUGGGGCGAGGUGUUUGUUACUACAGGUACACCAGACAUAGUGGUACUGAAUCAGUCAGGCACGAUUAUAAGGAAGGUCACGAUUGGAUUGGAAAGAAUAAAGCACGUUGUCUGCUUGUCAUCGGGACGUCUGUGUGUAGUUCAAACAACUGGAGGAAAGUGGACUGAUAUGAACAUAAAGAUAACAGACGAGUCAGGUACCGUCAUACAGACAUGGACUGGUGAACUCGACAACGGUCAAAAGGUCGGUCGUAUGCACCUCUGGAAGAUGUCAUGUGAUAAGUACGAUAGAGUAUUUGUACCAGAUAACCACAACAACCAGGUGUACGUCCUACCGAGAGACGGUAAACAAGCCAUGUGUCUCCUGGACAAGACACACGGAGUGGUGAAACCUACAGUACUGGGUGUGGACACGUGUGGUAACGUGUGGAUCGGGUGUGAGGACGGUACCGUACACGUGAUGGACUGUAACAUGAAGAAAUAGUAAUAUACGGUACACGUGUAAAUAACAUUCCAAGGCAGUUUGUAUGAACUAUCCUCAAAUAUCAAUUCACAUUGUAGAGACAAAUUAACAGUGAAUGUAAUUGUUUUUCAUGAUCGUGGUAACCUGACAAACAAAAGUAACUAGUUUGUUUCAUCCAACAGACAAUACAUGGUCAUUGGAAUGAUCAACGAUUUAGUAAGUGAGCUGGACUAAGGCCUUUGUUUUUUGUGUUUUUAAGUUGUUUUUUCAUUAGGAUUUUUUCAUUUCAUCUUAAAAAUGUAUCUUAAUGGUUUGUUUCUCGGAAAACUUAGUUUCCUAAUAAUAUCAAAUGGUUUUAGAUUUUUACAAAAUUAUAGGAAAAAGAAAAUGGUGUUAUUUUCGGUUACUUACUGUAACAUUUUGUGUCUUCCCUUAGAUACUUUUUGAUUAUUUUCAGGGAAGCAAUGUUAAGUCAAAAUCACCUUUCUAAUAAAUCGUUAUUAAAAUUGAUUUUUUUUAAUCACCUACCCUAAUUUUUCAGACAUGUCUUUUAGGCAUUUUUCUGUUCAUGUAUCGAUAUAUCAACUAUAAUGAAUAUUAAACAGUUUGUUACACUGAUGUUUACAAAAUGUAAUUAACCGGUAAAUGUAAGAUUACACAGGUUCAGUUGUUUUAUACCUUGUAGUAUUGAAAUGUAACAAGAAUGACUGAUACAAUCAUAAUUAAAACUUUAUUUGUAGUUAAUAGGUUCUUGAACGGCGGAAAACAACGAGGGUAAUGAGAAUGAUACGGGAGAGUGGCUAGAAAAAUGAUUAAAAACACCAGACUCAAACUGUGCUAUGGUCUUUAACAUAGUAUCAGGGACUAAAACAUAAUCAAUAAGACUGGUCUGUUUCUAAGUAGUAUUGGCAGUUUUUACCUGUGCUUUUACCUGUGGUUAACCCUUCUGUCUAGGAUCGUGUUCUAUCUAAGCUGGAAGCGUAUCAUAUCAAAUGUAAUAAUACAUCAUAUAAGACUUUAAGAUUUUUAAUAACAAAUGUUAAAAUUUAAAA